UGGGGUUCGUUCAGCUGCAGCACAGCAGGUCAGAAACCAUGGAGCGCAAUAAGAGGCGCUGGAGAGACCCGACAGACGGCAAAAGUGUCACUUUAUGAUAUGUUUCUAAUUACUUUGAGCUACACUGAGCGCGUUUUAAUUUAGCACCCGCUGGACUUUAAGUUUUGUCACAGAGCGACGAAGUGAUUUUUAAAUCAGAAUCAGUGAGCAGCAGCAGGUAUAACAGGAGGAUAAAGGGACGCAAUGCGGGCAGUCUUGUUUUACGCACGUUUUAGCUUUUAACAAAAACAAGCGUAAUAGUGGCUGCGCAAACACUGUCUCAUGCCAUCACACGGAGUGCGCAGUUUUCUUCAAGAGUUCUGUGAUCGAAGCUGAGAAUUUUGCAAAGGAGACCGAACACUGGGCUAAAACCGAAGAAGAGACACGGAAAACUCAAGAACCAUGCUGAAGUUCCACAACUCGGACCUGUGGAUUGCCUGGAUGGUUAUUUUCUGCAUGGAGGGAUCAAGAUUUGAUCUACACACAGGAAAAGUGUGUGUGUGGGCUCUGGAUGUUACCGUGUCCCAGAGCAGCAUCCAGGUGGCCCGUGGCCAAGCAGCCAUCUUGCCCUGCUCCUUCACCACCAGCGCUGCCCUUAACAACCUGAACAUCAUCUGGAUGGUGAUACCGCUGUCCAAUGCCAACCAGCCCAGAAAGGUGAUUAUUUACCAGGGCGGCCAGGUGUUCAGCCUCGCCAACCACCUUAAUGGCCGUGUGGGAUUCGUGGCCACCAUGCCAAGUACAAGUGCCUCCAUCUUCAUCAACAAUACUCAGCUGUCAGACACCGGGACCUACCAGUGCCUGGUCAACAACCUCCCAGACAGAGGAGGGCGCAACAUUGGCGUCAUUGGACUCACUGUUUUGGUGCCUCCCUCUGUGCCAGCGUGUAGAAUCCAGGGCUCACUGGAUGUUGGCAGUGAUGUCACGCUAAUUUGCAGCUCAGAAGAAGGUAUUCCUACACCAUCCUACUCCUGGGAGAAACUGGACGCUUUGCCCAAGCUGCCGCACAAUGCCAUGCAAGACCAGAUACAGGGCACAGUAACACUGAGAAACAUCAGCACCAGCACCUCAGGACUCUACCAGUGUACCUCCAGCAACAUCAUUGGCAAGAGCACGUGUCUGCUCAACCUGCAGGUCAUAGCACCUCAGCCCCAGAGCAUGGCAUUAAUUGCAGGGACUAUCGCUACAGGAGUCCUGGCUGUCAUCAUCUGUUCCCUAAUAGUGAUUAUGACUCUCUUCUACUGGAAGAACAAGAACAAAUAUGAUGAAGAAGAAAUCCCCAAUGAGAUCAGAGAGGAUGAUCUUCCUCCAAAGAGGUCAUCAUCAGUCAAGGCGUUCCACACCGAUGCCUCGUCCUCAGAGAAUGACACGCUGACUUCAACCAACACCUACAACAGUCGCUACUGGCACAAUCCCAAACCCAGCUACGACACCAACUCCUACACACGUUACAACGGAGACACGCGGCAGACGUUCUCUGCCGCUCCCCACGGCCCACACGGACACGGACAAAACCAGAGCGCAGGACACGCCCACAGUCCAGCAGUCACGACGCCAGGUUCAGCCCCGCUGCCCCGCCACAUGCAACCAACACCGGUGGCAACAACAGCAUUUGCCAAUGGCAGCCAUACAUUGCCACCACCCAAGACUCUGGUUGUCACCACAAACUCUGCCCCGUCCCCUCCCACCAUGGUGCGCAGUAACGGCUCCGUGAGCCUUAAGCCAGCUGUGACGUCGACACAUGGGCAGCACACGCACUCGUAUGCGGUGAGCCAGGCCACGCUGGAGCGGAUGGGGGCAGUGCCUGUCAUGGUACCUGCCCAGAGCAGAGCAGGCUCACUAGUCUGAAAUCUGAUUUGAGAAACUGUAAAGAAGACUAAAUCAGUGUGUGCUUUAAAUAGUUUGUGAGGCAGUGUGGGCUGAAGCAGACCGCUGCCCUUUAUAACUGUUUUUCUAUAAAUUGUGACAUUUUUAUCUGAAAACAAACUCUCAUUUUUCAGUGUCAUGUUCAUUUAAUGCCAAUUUGAUGGACAGGAUCCUCUUUCAUUGGAGGCAAGAGCCAUGUGGUAGCUGUACAGCCCCGUACUGGAUCCCAGAGGGUGUGGUCUAUACUGACUGAUGAAUUAUAACUUUUUAGUUUUUAAAGAUUUCUUUUGUUCUUUCUUUGUUUUUUGUUUUUGUUUUGUUUUUGUGUUUUUUUGUUUGUUUGUUUUUUUGCAGCUUCAAAAAUCCCAACUCUGUUUCCAGGCCGGUGGAUUGUGAUGAUUGCGUGCUUUUUGUGUGGUUUAUUGCUUUUGAAACUCAACACAACUCGUUAUUUUCAUAGUGUGUCCAAACCACAGGUUGCGACCAGAGAGCGAAUUAUAUGAUGACAUGUGAGCAAACGUUAGCUUUAUCUAGCCAGUGUUAGUUAAUCUACAAUUUACAGCAAAAGUUAGAAACUAAUUGUUAGACACUUGAUACAGUAUAAUUUAGAAAUUUGAAGGUAUGAAAUUAAAGUGUAUUAAACAAGCUGGAUAGCUACUGACAUUAACCUACUGCAGUAUCCUUUGGCUUCCACCAGAAUAUUUGACCAUAGGCUUAAAUGAGACAUUGCAAUGAUGAGUAAGACAGGCAGACUUAAAUAACAUUAAGAAAUGGUAUGUCCACUUUCAUGGUGUCGGAAAUCAUGUUCCAAAAUUCUUUCACACAUGUUUUUGGGAAAUAUAUUGUCAUGUUUACAAUAUCAGGAAAGAAGGACAGAGUCUUAAUUAGCUGAUUGGGAGUAUCAGUCUGCUAGUACACCCCCCCAUAAUUCAAAACAUGAUUGGGACCCUGCAGGAUUCAAAUAAAUGUAUAUGUUAGUUGCUUGAGGAUAAGGUAUAAUGUCUGCGUGGGUAAUUUCCUCUCACAGCUCAUAUUUUGAUUUUUAUUCAGUUGAUUAUGCUUUGAAAAGGAGAAUAUUUAAAUGUUUGAAAUUACUUAAGAAUUAAGGUACUAGUUGUUGACCAAUGAGGUUUUUUUAUUCAGAACUACUACUGGUUAUUAAUAUUUAAGGAGGACAGCAUUUGAUAUUUAAAGUCAGAACACAUUUCCAGAAAUGUGUGUGUGUGUGUGUGUGUGUGUGUGUGUUCUGUUCACCCUUGCUAAAAUAUAGAUGUUGGUACUACAUGCUCCAGAACAGUAGGUGGCACUGUGCACCUAUUUGAGUGUCACCCAAAAAAAGAUGCUUUGACACAUAAUUCUGCAAAGGUGAACAAAAGUUUAUAUGCACAUUUUUCAAAUGAUGUGAUGAAAUUUAAUUCUACAAAGAUGUGUGUACAUAUUUGUUUUAAAAAUGUCACUCUUAAAUAUCAAAAAUCCCAUCAACAUAAACAGGUUCACCAAUAAUGCAGCACCGUAUUCAACUCUUUUUCACUUAAUCUAAUGCUGCAGCCUGUUUUGCGGAAAUUCUGCCUGCCCUAAGUAAUACUAUUAUCACAGAAACAGAAUGAAAAUACAAUGAUCACACUCACUACCUCAGCUAAAACGUGACUUUAUUGCCUUCUG